CAAAUGUGAGUAUAUUACUUUUAUUUAUUUAUUCAUAUUUGGAGCUGGAACUAUUACACUAUUGGAGUUUCCCUUCUUUUUCCAUUUCGAUUCGUACCACCAUACCAUUGGAGUGCCAAGACGUUGGACCUUUUAUCCUAAGACGGGGAUUGUACCGUCCAGGCCAAUUACGGUAGAGCUCCUAUAAUAGCUCUACCAUAUGUGAGUUUAAAAUACCUCCGCUUUAUUUAUUAUCUUUUCCAAUAUUGUUAAACAUACUACACUAUUGUAUAUUCUCUUUCUGUGUUCUUUUUUUGAGGAUAUACUUACAACCAUCAAGAGACAUCAAGUGUAUGUAUAUAUAAUUUAUGUAAGGCGCGGUUUCCUCCUUUCUUCUUUCUAUACUGUAUUUUUUUACAAGGCUGGGAAUCCUUGUAUUGGUUACUGCUGCCUAUUUAAUUGUUUGUUUUGGAGUGAGCACCCGACACACCUUUCCUUUUUCUAAUGCUAUAUCACUUCCUAGCCGAGGUGCUCCACAAAAUUCAAUAAUUCAACAUGACUUUAUUUGAAUAUCGAGAUAAUUACAAUAUCGACUUAAAUGACAUCUUUAAUGACAUCGAUGACUUAGAUAUAUUGGAUAACAACGAACCAUUGAUUACAUUCGAUGACCCAAAAGAAUUACUAAAAGAAUUAGAAUUUUCUUUAAUUAAAGAAAUGAAGCUAAGAUGGGAAAUUGCGACUCUUAGCAAAUAUGUUGAAGAGAAAAUCACCCCAAGAGGUCUCAGACUUUUCAAAAUGCCGACAUCAGAUACAGACAACAGAUGUUUCAUGGAAGAGUGGUAUAACCACUUAGAGUUCUGUACGUUCGGCCUUAUGGGGAGCCUGAUUAAGGUUAAAAGUGAAAGACUUCUUAAUUUAGACAAAAAGAUCAACAGUCUAAGAGACCAAUUAAUCCCGUUUGCUGACACAGAAGAAUACUUUAACCAAACACAAAAUAUCAAAAAAACAGUAGAAAAAACAGAAACAGAUAUUAAAAGAAUUAAAAAAAAUAAAUACAAUAGAGACAAGCAUGAUUAUGCUAAUAACCAAAUACGUACUUAUAACACAAAAAAAGCACCACGACAGCAAAGAUGGAAAAACACUAAUCACCCACACAACUUUCACACAGAAAAUAAUAUUUUUAGACCUAAACGCUUACAAAGCAGAGAUGAUAAUGAAAGAUCUGAACACACAUAUAGAAGAAAUUAUUGGAAUAGAUCACCACGUAAAUUCACUGACAGAUUCACUACCACUAAUAGACUAAAAUCCUACAGCAACACUAAUGAAGAGUUUCAAGACAAAUCAAAACAGUCUUAUCACAGACCUUCAGGAUUUAAUACUAAAGAACCUAGCCACAGAAUGCAAAAUAUGAGAAAUCAAAGAAAAGAAAGACACCCAAAUGAAUCACCAAUGAUAGUAAGACCCAAAACCCACAAACACACAUAUAUUCCCAGUUCCCCAACACAGAAACUCAAAGAUAGAGAAUAUCCUUGGGAAAAGGUAAAUCACAAUAGACACAGCAAAUAUGAUAUUCACAAAUCUAAUUCACCGAAUGAAAUUAUCACCAAAAAUAAAUAUCAUGCUUUGUCUUUUUGUGACCAAUUGGACGAGACCUCUUUUUUAGAGAUCCCGUCCAAUCGGGAAAGGAAUACCAACUGCCUAAACAUAACACCUAUAAAGAGUCGAAAAAGAAUUCUAGAGGUAGAAGGGCAGGGAGAAGAGAGCAAAAAAGGAAGAUUUUAAAAACAAACAAUACUUCCCCUACGGGCAUAUUCAAUCUUUCUAAUAAAUAUCUAAAUGAAUCUCAAACGAAUAUCCUUAAAAAAGGCUUAAAAUUUGCCCCCACUAGAACAUACAAUUCCUUUUUAACCUAUAUUGAUGUUAAUAAAUUCGUCAGAAAUGCCACCUUACAAAGAUUUUUCAUCUCUAAAAUGCCAGGCGUACAAAAUACACAAACAGUCACCCAUACUACUGGAAAUACAGAUAUAAACAAUGAUUAUAUAAGAAGUAAUCUAAAGAAAAAAUCUACUUUCUAUCCAGCCCAUCUAAAAUCCAGUGCAUUAGACAUAUUUGAACGUAGAGUCUGCAAAGAUCUUAAAAGGUUGGAGACCAAAAAUAAAUAUACUGAAAGAUCUAAUUUAAAUAAGCAUGAAAUAAAAAUACUAAAAGAUCUUUAUAAUGAUGAAUCUAUUGUCAUUAAACCUGCCGACAAGGGAGGAGGCUUGGUCAUAUUAUCAAAGGACCAAUAUGAAAAUGAGGCCUAUAAACAACUAAAUGAUGUUAAUACGUACAUAAAACUCAGUAAUAAUCCCACACCAGAGAUGACAUCAAAGCUUCAAAUGUAUCUAGAGGAGGGAAAGAGAUCUGGUAUCCUGAACAAAAAUGAACUCAUAUAUAUUAACAUACAACAUCCCCGUAUUCCGGUUAUUUAUUUUCUUCCCAAGAUUCAUAAAAGUCUAAUCAACCCCCCCGGCAGACCUAUAGUGUCCGGGAUCGGAUCUUUAUUUUCAAAUCUGUCCGAGUAUAUUGACAUCCUAUUACAACCAUAUGUUGUAAGAACUAAAUCCUACUUAAAGGACUCUAUUGAUCUAUUAAACAAACUCAAGAGUAUUCAAUGGGAGAAUGACUUUCUACUCAUCACUUGUGACGUCCAGUCCUUAUACACUAUUAUUAAACACCAUCAAGGAUGCACAGCAGUAAGAACGAUGUUAGAAAAAGAAAAAAUAAUGCCACAGGAUCAAAUAGAAUUUCUAAUCAAAGGGAUAGAUUUAAUCCUCAGUAACAAUUAUUUCUGGUUCAAAGACAGUUUUUAUUUACAAAAAACGGGCACAGCUAUGGGCACCAGGUUUGCGCCCAGUUAUGCUAACCCUAUAUGGCGGAAUGGGAAGACAGAUAUAUCUGGAGUGAGCAUGGCUGGGCAAAAAACCUGGUGUCCUAUUCAAGAUACAUUGACGACCUCCUCUUUAUAUGGAAAGGUAGUUCUACCGAAGCUAACAAAUUUAUUUCCUUUUUAAACACUAACCAAGAAGGUAUAAUUUUAACUUCAGAAAUCAGUGAUUCUCAUAUCACAUAUUUAGACCUAAAUAUCUAUAUAAAAAAUAACACAAUCCAUACUAAAACUCACUUCAAACAAGUCCAUGUCAAUAAUUACAUCGAUACUAAAAGCUGCCAUAAUAAAGUAUGGCUUGACAGCAUCCCAAAAAGUCAAAUGUUAAGAUUAAGAAGAAACUGUACAGAAACCCCAGUUUUUAAACAGCAAGCAGAAACAAUAAAAAAAAGUUUUUUUAAAAAAGGGUACAAUAAAACCACUAUCCAAUCCACUUUUAAUCAAGCUUUGUCUAUUAACCAAAAAGACCUACUAACUAAGAAGAGAAAUCAAAAACAAAAUAUCUCAUUACCUGUCAUAUUAGACUACAACAACAAAAAUAAAGAAUUAAAAAAGAUUAUUAAUAGACAUUGGAAUUUACUAAAAGAAGAUACUAUUCUUAAAAAUUUAAUACCAGAGAGACCAAAAAUAGUUUUUAGGGGAGCGCCCAACUUAAGGAUGCAUCUUACAAAAAAUUACACAAAACCCGAAAAAAAUAUAGGGAUCAGUUUUUUAAACAAAAUAAAAGGUUUCUACAAGUGCAACAUGUGUAUUGCAUGUAAAAAAACUAAAUCUACAUCUAGACUAAGAUCGAAUUUUAAAUCAAACAAUAACGGCAAGUUCUAUAACAUAAAAGAAAUAAUUACAUGCAACAGUAAAAACGUUAUAUAUUUAUUGGAAUGCCCUUGCGGCCUACAAUAUAUAGGACGGACUAUUAGACCUUUAAAAACUCGUAUUGCUGAGCAUUGUAGAAACAUAGAAAAAGGUUUUAAAAAUCAUUCUGUCUCAUCCCAUUUCUGUAUUCAUGACAAUGACCCUAAAAAUCUCACCUUCACUGGUAUUGCCAUCGUUAAAUCACACUGGAGGGGAGGUGAUUAUAUUAAAAAAAUAGGACGUAGAGAGAUGGAAUGGGUUUACAAUAUGAAUACCCUACACCCAGAUGGUUUAAAUAUAGAAUUCGAUCUAUUUAAUUUUUUAUAAUUUAUUUAUUUAUUUAUUUAUUUAUUUUUUUUUUUUUUCUCCAUCUCAUCUUAUAUCAUCCUAUUUUUUUCUUAUUCACCCCAUUUCUUAAUUGUUUUAUUGUUUUACUGUAUUCAUUUUUAUAUCUAUUCCAUAUUUUUCAUAUAUAUAUAUAUAUAUAUAUAUAUAUGUUUUAAAUUUGAUUUUAUAUUUAUACUCUUAUUUAUAUGUGUCUAUCCCUAUAUUUCUGUGUUACCUAUAUAUGUACAUUUGUUAAGACAUGUACAUAAUAGGACCAUCCAUUUAUUUAUCUUAUUUAUUUUUUAUACAUCCUUUUCACAAAAAAUUGGACUUACAAUAAUGAAUGAUGGACAUUGUAUGUAUUAUUGGAAGCUCAAGAUUGCCUCCACAAAAAGGAUGCUAUGUACCCUACACAUCUUUAUGCCUACAUCAAAGAAGAGGGAGGGGAAGAAAAAAAUAAGAAAAGGAGAAAAAAAAAAAAAAGAGAAAUAAUAUCUUGUUGCCUCCAUACACAUCUUUAAUCUCUAAUUGAUGGGACACUAUUCUGCAACACUAGAUGUUUGAACUACCUGGCGAAAAGAAUUUUUAUGAACUUUCUACUUCUCUCUUAUAAAUCAAGGAAGUAAAGCCCAUUUGCUAUCUUACCUAUAUGUUUUGUUUAUGUAUCAUUCUAUCUUUUUUAUGUAUUUAAUUCUUUUUAUGUGAUAGAUUGCGGUUGCGGCAGUUAUGCGUUCCACGUUGGAACGCAUGAUUUACAUUUUUUCACCCACGUGGGCGCCGCGUCACUUCCGGCGCGACGCGUGCGCUUCAUAGUGAAUGAAGACAUACACGCCUACGCCGCGCCGCUUCCGGUCCUGACAUGUGCGCCCACGCUGGCCGCGCCGCUUCUGUUUAUGAUGCGUGCGUUCCACGCUGGCUUGCCAACACCCACGUGGACGCCGCACUACUUCCGGCUUUCGCCUAUGCGCGGUUUUUUGCCGAGGUACACCUGAAAGACAGCAACAAUCAUUUUACUCAUGUAAGUUAUGUAUUUAUAGGAAGUUUUGGAUGUAUGUUUUUUACACUUCUGAUGAAGCCAUUGGCGAAACGCGUUAAGUGUUAUCUUUUAUAGCAAUAUAUUAUAUUUUAUUUGCAAUACUAUUAAAUAUAUCUUUUACGUUAUAUUCUAUUAUAUUUCAUUUGCAUCAUCCACUUCCUGACCUGCAUAUCCUUCAGUGGGGAUUAUACCACUGUAAGCCUUAUAUACUAGAGCAAGUUGUCUGCUCUAGCAAAUGUGAGUAUAUUACUUUUAUUUAUUUAUUCAUAUUUGGAGCUGGAACUAUUACACUAUUGGAGUUUCCCUUCUUUUUCCAUUUUGAUUCAUACCACCAUACCAUUGGAGUGCCAAGACGUUGGACCUUUUAUCCUAAGACAGGGAUUGUACCGUCCAGGCCAAUUACGGUAGAGCUCCUAUAAUAGCUCUACCAUAUGUGAGUUUAAAAUACCUCUGCUUUAUUUAUUAUCUUUUCCAAUAUUGUUAAACAUACUACACUAUUGUAUAUUCUCUUUUUGUGUUCUUUUUUUGAGGAUAUACUUACAAGCAUCAAGAGACAUCAAGUGUAUGUAUAUAUAAUUUAUGUAAGGCGCGGUUUCCUCCUUUCUUCUUUCUAUACUGUAUUUUUUUACAAGGCUGGGAAUCCUUGUAUUGGUUACUGCUGCCUAUUUAAUUGUUUGUUUUGGAGUGAGCACCCGACACACCUUUCCUUUUUCUCAUUCCAGGCUGGCUAUUGACACCACCAGAGGUGGAGUUACAUGCCAAACAGCAACUCAGUGUCGAGAUUGGGUAAUCCCUACACACAGAAUUUAGGGAAACAGUAACCAAAACAAAGAAAAGGCCAGAGGGAUAUGCGUAGAUCUUAGCGUGGCGAGGCUAAUGUGUGCCAUAGAUAGAUGAAAAUACAUGAGUCAAAUGAGUCAUGAAUCAUGAGCCAAAUGAAAAGCCAAGAUCAAGAAUGCCAUAAAUGCUUAAAAUAUGAAUAAAUAAGCAAAGAUCAAGGAAAUAGAAAAUCAGAAUAGUUAAAAUACACCAACUAUUCAGUACGCACUCUCGGGUAGAAUAAACCACAACAGGGCAAGGAUCUUCAGAAAGAGUGGAAUUUAUAUAGGGACAACCAACAUUCUAUUGGAAUCCUAAACCUACAGGGUCCUGUAAUUUGUAAGGACUCCAUAGGUGGCACAAUGCUGCCGCAGUGAUCCAGCAGCCUUGCAAACGUAAGGGAGUGCAGACCAUGGUCUGCACCAGGAGCAUCGGAAUGACACCCAGCGUUCACUUUGGCUGGAGCGGCGUGGUACCGGAAACAUCGUGGCUGCCGCAUGGCAGUCCAAGGUAUACAUUCAUUAUAUUUGUAUGUGCAGAUUUUCGAAUUUAAAUGCUGCACAUACAGCCUUCAAACACUGUGACCACUGUGAAACACUGAAGUGGUUAUGGUGCUUGAAGUAACCCCUAAUGAAAUAUAUUUAAGCACAUAUGUCACACAAAACAUUUGCAGCAAGAUAUGUUUUUAUGAGCUAAAAGUGAACCAUAUUCACUACAAAAUGAAAUUAUUGUUUUUUUUUUCAGUAUUUUAUCUUGGGAAAUAAAUGUGGCUAAUUGUUAUAAUGUCUGUAUUGUCCUAUUAUGAGGAAUAUACUAUAAUGCUCCAGAAAUAUAAUAAUGGGUAUGUUUGUUUCUUUUUAUUUUUUUUGUUCUUACUCUUUGCAAAUGAAAACUUUUCUCAACUUGGUAAAUUAAAGCACGGUUUCUGAAAGGAAAUGCUUUCAUCAAGCAGAUGAUCUUUAAGUAAAGAGCCUAAGCUUUAAUUUAUGCUACUUCUAACUAAAGACAGUAUGUUUCUAUUGCUUGCAAUUUCAAAGCUUCACAUACACUUUAAAAUGCCAACACAUGCUGUAGAUUGCCUGCUGUUCAAUGUCUACCAAAUUAAAAUGUUUUCCUGUCUUGAACGUUCUAUGCAAUUUGUCUGUCAGUGAACAAAUGCUUUCAAGCUGAAGAAUGGGAAUGUCUAUCUUGCUCAUCAGGAAUAAAUUCUGAGUCUUUUGGUGCCACCUUCUGGAAAAAGUUAUAUCAAAAGUACAAAACAAGUUAACUGUGACAUUGAACUUGCUCAAGUGUCAAAAUAACAUUUAUUUAUAAAAGGUAACUGUUGCAAUAUAAUAAUAUAUUUAAAUGUAAAAUGUUUAUAUAAACAAUUUUAGGAUGACAAUCUGAUUACUUUAUUAAUCGAACAGAAUUAACUCAAUUUACUAUUUGAUAUAUUACUGCCAAAUUUUAAUUUCCAUGAACUUAUAAAAAAAUUAGCAUAGUAACAAUGUCCCUUAACAUAUACUAUCUGGUUUUCUUUGCAUGUAUACACCAUAAAUAUGUACACAUGUAUAGUAUGUUUAUUUAAUUUGGUGCCUAGUUAAGUUACAAGAUCCUGUAAAAGAUGAAUUAAAAAUAAAAAGUUUUUUUUUUCUCUGAAAGAGUUUUCUCUGAAAGAGUUUUUUGUUGUUGCUGGUUUUGUCUAUCAUAUUGCUUAUUUCUUAAAAGCUUAUAAUUAAUUUCAAGAUGAAAGCACAAUCUAAAUGUUUUAUUCACAGAUAUUAAAUGGGAAAAGAUUUCAGCUGAGAUAAUCAGAACCUUACAACUAGGGGUUGAAUUUACUGGUGCCUGUAAAAACAUGCAUAGCACAUAAAAUGAGUUCACUCAAAAGUCAAAAAAAAUAAAUAUAUAUAUAUAUAUAUAUAUUUUUAUUAUUAUUAUUUUUUUUUACUAACAGGGCUUACAGGCUAACUUCUGAGCAAAAUAUAAGCAUUUGAGGCAAUACAUUUUCUUCUAUUCGUGGACCAUAAUGUUGUAGCUUAAAAAAAAAAAGUAGAUUGCAGGAACAAGUAGAUUGCAACAGUGACCGCAGGAGAGCUCCUUUAACUCCAAGCCACUUCAACUAUUUAUUUCAAAUGACAUCAACAUGCAAACCUUAUGAUAUCAACAACCUGAAGGCUCUUCAAGUCAACAGGGACAUAUAAAUCUCUUGCUGAAUGGCUGACUGAAGAGCAUUUUCAUUACAGAGAAUAAUUCAAAGAAGACAUCACCCAAUUUGAUGUUCAAAUUAAAAGAAGCCUCAAGACAGACAAAUGACAGAAAGCACAGACAUAGAUAGACAGACAGACAGACGAUAGAUAGACAGACAGCUAGACAGACAAUAGAUAAUUGACAGACAGUCAGAUAGAUAGAUAGAUAGAUAGAUAUUGUAGAAAGAGAGCUGUAAUACCACAAAAUAACACAUCGACUAAUCAAUAACCUUACAGCUUACUAAUUAUUUUUAGUAUGACAUAAAAAGAAUUGCUUUUUACUAUACAUAAAAUGUGAAUGGUUUUAUCCGCAAUGUGUCUCAUUUGGGUCCAGCUACUGUUGGGUUCUGAAUAUUGAACUGUUCAGCAGGUUUCCACCAUUUGUCCUCUGGGAGUCAUAACCACCUAGCAAAGCUAGUGGGUAUGCGGCAGCCUCUCUGAGUCAAAUGCCAGAGCUGAAAAACGCUUGUGCUGUGCUCCUGCAAAGCAACAGCAUUUCAGGCAAUCAGGUAAUCAGGAGAGCCGUGCUGAGCAUGGGGAUCCUGAUUACCUCAGAUUUUGAAAAUUGCAUCAUUGAUAGAGGACUCCAUAUCUGUGUCUGCUACAUAUUUAGUGGAUGCCUCUCUUAGAGGCUGUCCCAUCAAUGUUAGAAAGCUCCAUAAGAGAGCUUUCCUUGCCAGGGAUCUAUCCUCUUCAUCUUCUGAGGAGGAUAUGGUCCCAGUUCUACGUAAAAAGAAUAAAGAAAGGCAGCUGGUCUCUUCUGUCAGUUUCUUGUCUGAGGAAAAUUAUACUGCUCCUCCUUCCCCUAAUACUCGUUUGAGUAAGCGCAAAAUUACAGGAUCACAGGGACAGGAUCAUAAAAGAGGAAUAGUUUGUUUCCCUCGUUUGAGCACCAGAAACACCUUCCAGAGAAAAAGGACAAAUCUCGGAGGUUAGAUAGUCCUUCUCCUUCCUCUUCUAGAGCGUUUUCUCAUUCCUCCUCCCAAAGCCAAUCCAGUUCUAGACACGGCUCUCCAGAAAUAGACUAGGAAUCUGGGGAAGUGGUCUGUUCAGCAACUUCCACUGAGCGAGGGAAACUUAGCAACGUUCAGAUGGCUAUAGUGAGUCUCCUAGAAAAAACUUUCCAAUCAAAGCUAUUUUACUCCAGACGGGUUAUGGAGCAAGAGUCUGAGGUUAGAGAUUUUCCCAAACUAGCCUUUAGAUCCCCAUUGGUUAAGGAGGAUGACCUUCUCCCCAGGAACUAUUGGUAUUCUGGACAUCCAAGCUUUAAUGGCUCAUCAGGUAGAUCCUGAAAUUAUCUAUCCCAGAGAGCUACAGAUCCCACAGACCAGACUUUUCAUAAUAUACAGUUUAAAAUUACUCAUGCUGUGGGCCCACUAUUACUGAUGCUGGAUAAAGCAGAAAAAGAAGGCAAUGCUCAGAAACCCUCUGCUUCACCUUUGCUGGCAUCUAAGAUGGCUUUAUUAAAAGCGUCCGGCAGCGCAGUGUUAAUUAUUGGCCAAUCCUUUAAUUACAUCUUAAACUUUCGCAAAACCCGCUGGCUCCAUGCAGCAGGAGUGUUUGACCUAGCCCCUAAAUCACAUGAGUUCACAAAUUUGGAGGAUUCUUACCUUUUUAGUCCCUCAUUCAUUUAGGAAGUUAAAGGCCGUUAUAAGACAAGGAGAUCAUUUUCAGAGCUCAAAAAGUCCUUUCCUGGCUACAAGAAGCCCUUUCGGAAAGAGGGUCGCCCCUAUUGGGCUGCAGGAGCGUCCCGAGAAGCAUCUCACCAGGCCCAGUACCACCACUACAGUGAAAAACACAAGCUCCCAGGCGGUGGCAGCGGAGCUCAUACCAGAGGUAGUCCAGCUUUCAAGAGAAAACUCAUGCAUUCACAUAAGUGUGCCUCCUCACACGCCACUAAAUUUGAAGGAUAUUUAUUCAGACAAAUGGGCUGUAAAGAUUUUUCAAAGGGGUUUAAAACUCCUCUUUUUAAGGUUUUCAGUGAAAGCUGAAAGGUGGUUGCCCAGUAAAACCUUUGUUAGAUUUUACUGGAGGUUAUCAGAAAUUAAACACUUUGAGUUUCUUAGGAUCACCACCAGGUGCGGGCUGUUCUACCCACUAGCUUUGCUAGGUGGUCAUGCCUCCCCAAGGACAAAUAUGAGUUUGCAGGAAUCUAUGAUCUGCAAACUUUCUUUGUCUUAGGGAUGACCAUAACCACCUAGCAAUAGCGCCCAUCCCACCCUUCUCUAGUGUAAGGGCUUUGUCUGAUGGUGGUAGUUUGUUUCUUUAUAAAAGGUUAUAUUGUGGUUUACAGCUUAUUUCUAACAACUUUCUGUUUUUGACAGACUAUAACCAUACUCCAAGACAAGACCAAAAAAACAAGGAUCCACCUAAGUAGGAAGAUUGGUUGCCAGUAAUAUCUGCAAUAUGGAAUUCUCAUGUGCUUCAUGCAUAAAGAAUCUGUUUUCAGAGACUUGUUACAACAUUUAAUUUAUUUUUACAGAACUCAUUUUGUUGCCAUUUACGAUGUUCCAGUUCCGGUAUCUGUUUGAUACUUUCUUAAGCUUAUACAUUGUUGCCUUGUUAUCUGUUUACCUGUGUGAACUAUACAAAAGUUUUCAAGUCUUAUUAAAUAUGUUCUUGUUUCCCUUUACUAUUGGUGUAACGGAUCACCUGGCACCCCGACUGGGUACCUCUGCCAAAGACUGCUUCCUAGCUGGAACAGGUACAAACCGCAGCACUUUUUGCCCUCAGUCGCCGUAGCGGGCCCUGGAACUGCCACCUCCUUCCUGGAUCCGAAGGGAAAAUUAGCUCUGACACCUCCAGGCACUGGACGACACUCAGUCCUUGGAAGUCUGGAACCGAAUGGGGAAUUAGCUCUACUCCUUACAAGGACUUUCCCUGUUGAAUCUCCUGCAAGCUGGAACAGCAGACACAGGAGCAAAUCUUCUUUCCCUCCAAUAACAGUUUUGGAGUGUAAGCAGGAAUCUCUAGUUUAAUGGGACACACUGGCCUUUUAUACAAUUUUCCAGGCCAGAGGAACACCCCCUGGACCUGAUGGGGCACAGGAACACAAAGGACAUAAACCAAUCAGAACAAACAUACAGUCUGUGACAUGCCCAUGUAUAGCACACAAUCCCUCCCUUCUGCUUAGGAGAUAAUUGAGUAAAGUCAUUUAAGUAACUCAAUUAUCUCCAGGCAGAAAAAACACAUUUUCACAAAGUUUAGAAAGUAGCAAAAAUCACAAAAUCCAACAUAUCCCCAUAAAAGUCACAUCAAUGCCCUGAUCUAGGUAAAAACAUAUCCAAAAAUCACCCAGAUCUGUUCAGGGGUUCAGGAAUUUCCUGGAAGUCAUAGUUUUGACCGACCGCAAGCAUGGCCCCAUGCCCAAAACAGUUCCAGGGAAAUCAGUGCUAACAGUCGGUCAAGUUUGGUAGUCUUUUACAGGUUUCCUUGCAGGGCCCAUAGUCAGUGGGCAGGAGGCUGGCAAGCAGGCUUCUCCAGGAGCCUGUGGCAAACUCACUUGAAAAGGGAAGUUUGUCACAAUUAAGUUCUUGAAUUCUUUUUUUUUAGAUGUCUAAUUAAGUUUCUCUACCCUUUAUAUGUUGUUACUGGUUGACUGGGUAAUAUAUAUUCUCAGUGUUUCGUGGGAUGAGCUAACCAUCCACAAUUUCCCAAUUUAAAAAAAUCUGUGGUAAUCAGGAUCCCCGAGCCAGGUGGUUAUGCUCAUCCCUAAGACAAAGACAAAGAAAGUUUGCAGAUCAUAGAUUUCUGCUAACUCUGAUUGCUCUACAAGUAAAACUAAUUUUAACAAUGUCAUCUUUUAUGACAGAAUGUGGGUUUUUGGAACAAUCCUGUCAGAUCCUUACCAUACAUAGAUAUUACUUAAAUCAAGUCAGAAAUCCAAACACUAAUGCAUGCCUGACUUUAGUUAAAACCUCUAUGAGACAUCCUGGUAUUUAGAAGCACAUGAAUAUUUUCUCUUCAGUCUGAGAAAGUUGAAAAAAAAAUCAAUUUUACCUUCUUCACAAUGUGUGAUAUAUACUGUAGAAUACUGUGAUGGUAUGCAAGAAUCGAUAAAGUAAGAAGAAAAUUAAAUAAAAUAAAUUCUAUAUUCUACUUAUUCUUUUUAAUCAUCACCUUCUCAUGAGUAGGAUUAAUGGGCUCUAAUAAAUGUCCUUAACCUGAUCUUGUUCUUAUAGGGUAAUGUAUCUGCAGUAUAUUUAUCCUCCCAUAAUAUAACAUUAGAGAAUAAUAAUGUAGACACAAAUGAUAUGAAACAGUCAUUGUAUAAGUAA